GGCGCCCCCAUGUGGGCUUUCCUUUCCCUCGUCUAAAACCCCGCCGAUUCGUCGUGUGUGAUCGUGAAUGAUCGUGUCGACGAUCGGACAUGUAGCUGUCAGUGCCUGCGCCCAAAAACAGUUGCCAUGUUGCUUGUUGUGUAGGGUGUGCUUGUGAUAAAAAUCGGCCAAGUUCCCCCAUUAGCAGCGUUUGUGUGGUAGUGUGGUGUCCCUAGAUCGGUGAUCCCCCCGAUUUGUGCAGUGUGUGUGUGCCCCCUUGGUGUUCGAAGUGGUGGAAACAAGUGGUGGUGUGUCGGCGUGCUUCGCACGCACAUUUGUUGUUAUUUGUGAUGGGGGCCCGCCGCUGAGGCGCCCUCGCUCCGGCCUGGCCUUGGAGCGAGGUUACUGGCCCCGAGCCACGCGGGAUUGUUUACCAUGUGCUAGAGGAGGUGGUGUCGCGAGUGGUGCCAUUAUGCUGAGCCCCGAUUGCUGACACAACAACAACAACACAAGAGGGCUCUUCCUACGUUGAUGGGAUCGAGGGAGCCCAUGGCGUGGCGCAAGCACGACCAUCUCAUGCUCAUGGACAAAAACAAACCCAAAAUGCCGGUAUCAUCGAGUGGAAGUGGGGAUACUCUUCGACAACGUCAUGUACCAUUAUAUGGACGUUUGGUACCCGAAGAUCAGUUGGGUAUGGGUCAUAUGUCAAAUCCACCAGCUGAUAUUCAAGCAAUGCAAGCACGAAUACCACACACUUUUAGGGACUCGUCGGCGGCACCUUUACGAAAAUUGAGUGUUGACCUCAUCAAGACCUAUAAGCACAUCAACGAGGUUUAUUACGCAAAGAAGAAACGACGAGCGGCGCAACCCCAAGAAGACACCUCUCAUAAAAAAGAGAGAAAACUAUACAAUGACGGUUACGACGACGAUAAUCACGAUUAUAUUGUGAAGAAUGGUGAAAAGUUCCUCGACCGAUACGAAAUCGACUCGCUUAUAGGAAAAGGAUCAUUCGGACAGGUCGUAAAGGCCUAUGAUCAUGUAGAACAAUGUCAUGUGGCGAUAAAAAUUAUCAAAAAUAAAAAACCAUUUCUAAAUCAGGCACAAAUCGAAGUGAAAUUAUUAGAAAUGAUGAAUAGGGCAGAUGCCGAAAAUAAGUAUUAUAUAGUUAAAUUAAAACGUCAUUUUAUGUGGCGAAACCACCUGUGUUUAGUGUUCGAACUGCUUUCGUAUAAUCUAUAUGAUCUGUUGAGAAAUACAAACUUCCGUGGUGUCUCAUUGAAUCUCACGAGAAAGUUUGCCCAGCAACUGUGUACAGCACUAUUGUUCCUUUCAACGCCUGAACUCAACAUCAUACAUUGCGAUCUAAAACCUGAAAAUAUACUUUUGUGCAAUCCGAAACGUUCAGCUAUUAAAAUUGUCGAUUUUGGUAGUUCUUGUCAAUUGGGACAAAGGAUAUACCAAUACAUACAAUCAAGGUUUUAUAGAUCACCAGAAGUCUUAUUAGGGAUACCAUACGAUUUAGCAAUAGAUAUGUGGUCAUUGGGAUGCAUACUAGUCGAGAUGCAUACAGGUGAACCACUUUUCAGUGGUGCCAACGAAAUCGAUCAAAUGAAUAAAAUCGUUGAAGUGUUGGGAAUGCCACCGAAAAGUCUACUCGAUCAAGCCAAUAAAACGCGGAAAUUUUUCGAAAAAUUACCAGAAGGGAGAUAUGUAUUGAAGAAGGCGAAAGAUGGUAAAAAGUACAAAUUGCCUGGAACACGUCGAUUACACGAUAUUUUGGGUGUGGAUAGUGGUGGUCCUGGAGGACGAAGAGCCGGCGAACCGGGUCAUUCCACUGGUGAAUAUCUCAAAUUCAAGGAUCUGAUUUUACGCAUGCUCGAUUACGAUCCAAAAUCGAGGAUAACAUCGUAUUAUGCACUCCAACAUAAUUUUUUUAAACGUACAACAGAUGAAUGUACUUCAACACCUAAUAGUAACAGUUCAAGUCCAGCUGUUGCCUCAAUGGAUAUGUCUUCAUUGACGAAUAGUUCGAGUAGUCAACACGGGUUAAAUUUGAUGGGACGAUCGAGAGAAUUGUCUGGUUAUACGACGAUGGAAUGUGAUCCGUCUCCGUCACGACAUCCUCACCGCCGCUACCACCACCAGGUCCCCCCACUCAACUACGGAGUGACGUCAUUACAGUACGCCCCGUAUCCGGGGGUUCCCAUGACCGAUAGUAGCGCCCCCAAAACAACUGUUACAAAUGGGCCACAGCCGCCUAAAUCUACAACUACGAACGAGAGAGACGACAGUCCGAUGGUUGGGGUUUGUGUUCAACACAAUUCGGUCGCAAUACAUUGAAGGAGGAUUUUUAUAUUGUGCAUUGUGUUUCAUUUUAAUUUUUUUUUUUUGUUUUUGUUAAUUUUAAGAAGGUUUUUUUAGUUGAGGAUUAUAGUGAUGUGUGAUUUUUUUGCAAGUGGACAAACGACAACAACAACAACAGACUUGGGGCAUUGAAGCUCUGUUGUGUUUUAUUACGGAUCGAAUGAAAGAAAAACUUGAAAAAUCACGAGAUUUUUUAUUAGGAAUUAAGUUAAAAAUGAGAAUAAAGUAAUUUAUGCCUAGUAUUUAAAUAUUAAUGAUUAAUUCUAGCGAGUAACCACAUAUGUAUACAUGUUUCCUAUGAUUUACCGUUAACUGUAUGCAAGUUGGCUCUGGUUAUACACAUUUGUUUUGUUUUUGUCAAUCAAAUGUAACUAGAUUUAGUGCAGCAGUAUUGAAGCAAGUGAUUUUGUUACAUACCUCAAAAUAAGAAAGAGAGAUUUAAAUUAAAAAAAAAUGUAAUUUCCAAGCCAGGGCCAUACCAAUCCACUACCGCAAGUACAGUGGUAAAUGUGUUCAAAAUAUAAUACCAGUUUGUACAUGAAGCUUGAGAGUUGUUGUUCAGUACGAUUUUCUAAUAAUUUCGACGCACUGAAAAAUAACUCUUGAGUUGUUUUGUAAAUACUUAACUUAAUGAAUAAUCACUAGAAUUGUAUUUAUCGAUACACUUAUUUAUUUACGUCAUGUGCAGUUAUUCACGGAAAAAUGCAAUGAUUCUCAGCAAUGUAGAAAAUAUGAUGAUAGUGUAAAAUUAUGCGAUCUAUAAAUUCCUAAUUUCUUUGUUAUUUAAAUAAAUUUACAUCAAAACGG